GGGAGCUACAACCUUGCAGCAAACUUGUCAGGAGGCAGAAAAAAACUUGCUUCAUUGUCUGUGCUUGUACACAGCAAAGGCGGCACCGGUCCAGCAUGAAAUCAGCCCUUGUUUUGCUGACUGCGUUGGUAGCCCUGACAGCCUAUUAUGUGUACCUGCCCUUACCCAGCACAGUGUCGGAUCCCUGGAAGCUCAUGCUGCUGGAUGCCACUUUCAGGGCAACCCAGCAAAUGUGCAACCUGGUUCACUGUCUAAGACUCAGCCAUCACUUGAGAGUUCUGAAUUAUGUGAUUGGUACUUUUGACAAGCUAGAGCCGUCAUCCUCUGAACACAUUAAGAUAACAGAUGCCCUUUUUGAUGGAGUGGAAGUCAGAGUGUUUGAACCUUCUCCAAAGCAAGACGAAACACUAAAGCGCAGUGUCGUUUACAUCCAUGGAGGAGGAUGGGCUUUGGCAAGUGCAAGAACAAGCUUCUAUAACAAUCUCUGCAGGAUCAUGGCAGAAUCUCUGAAUGCAGUAAUUGUCUCAAUUGAGUACAGGCUGGUACCAGAGGUUCAUUUCCCUGAGCAAUUCUACGAUACUUUACGUGCAACUAAGUAUUUUCUGCGGUCUGACAUCCUAGCUAAAUACUCAGUUAACCCAGGUCGAAUUGCUAUUUCUGGUGAUAGCGCAGGAGGAAAUCUGGCUGCAGCUGUGUGCCAGCAGCUUAGUCUAGAUGACAGUGUGACCAACAAACUGAAGCUGCAGGCAUUAAUCUAUCCAGUCCUUCAGGCAUUGGACUUUAACACUCCUUCAUACCAGCAGAACACUGACAUGCCUGUUCUUCCUCGCUUCGUCAUGGUGAAGUUUUGGAUAGACUAUUUCAAUGGUAACUACGACUUUGCCCCCUCAAUGCUGAUCAACAACCACACUUCCCUGGACGUGAGCCAGGCUGUUUAUUUCAGAGGACAUCUGAACUGGACUUCUCUCCUGCCUUCAACGUUCAAAAAGAAUUACAAACCUGUGAUACAACCCACAGGGAAGGCCGAAAUCAUCCAGGAAAUACCUGCACUACUUGACAUACGCGCAGCUCCAUUACUAGCAGAAAAAGAAAUGUUCCAGCUUCAGCCAAAGACCUACAUCCUGACUUGCGAGAAUGAUGUCCUGAGAGAUGAUGGAAUAAUGUAUGCCAAACGGUUGGAGAGUGCAGGUGUGGAGGUCACACUUGAUCACUUUGAUGACUGCUUUCAUGGAUGCAUGAUCUUUACUAUUUGGCCUACCAAUUUCUCUUCAGGACAUCGUACCAGGGACAGCUACAUAAAGUGGCUUGCUGAAAACCUGUGAAAAAAGUGAGUCCUCUCUAGAAGGCACAGAACAGUCAAUCUAAAGCUCACUGCUUCAAAAACAAAAAAGUUGUGCACUUUUAGGCUAUCUAAUUUCGUUUGUUCAAGAUUAUGUCAUAGCGCUCCCUGUUGCAAGAGGUAGCGUGCCACUAACUACUUGGUCAAUAGCUGAUUAGCCUUGUCCAGCAUAGCAAUUUGCUAAAUACUUAUUAAACACUGUUGUAUGCAGUGUAGUUGUAGCCAUGUCGGUCCCAGGAUAUUAGAGACACAAGGUGGGUGAGGUAGUG